GCGCGCUCGCGCUGGGCGCGCGCCCGCUCAUCCGCCCUCCGCCCUCCGCCCUCGCGCCCUCGCGCCGGGGGCGGGCGCUGCGCGUGCCGGGCGGGGAAGCGGCGCGAGCCGGGCGCUGCGAACGUUCGCCGCGGGGGCGGCUCCGGGGCCUGAGUGGGCGCCACCGCUGCCUCAGCCUAGGGGGCCGGGCCGGAGCGUGCGGAGGAGUGAGGCCGCAGGAGACCUUCCCGACGACCCCUGCUCCGGCGGGGAAGUGAGCAAGGAUGAUUGAGGAAAGUGGGAACAAGCGGAAGACCAUGGCAGAGAAGAGGCAGCUGUUCAUAGAAAUGCGUGCUCAGAAUUUUGAUGUCAUACGACUAUCAACUUACAGAACAGCCUGCAAAUUACGAUUCGUACAAAAACGAUGCAACCUUCAUCUUGUUGAUAUCUGGAACAUGAUUGAAGCCUUCCGAGACAAUGGCCUUAAUACACUGGACCAUACCACCGAGAUCAGUGUGUCUCGCCUCGAAACUGUCAUCUCCUCCAUCUACUAUCAGUUGAACAAGCGCCUUCCUUCUACGCACCAAAUUAGUGUGGAACAAUCUAUCAGCCUCCUCCUCAACUUUAUGAUUGCUGCAUAUGACAGUGAGGGCCGAGGCAAGUUGACGGUAUUUUCAGUUAAAGCUAUGUUAGCAACCAUGUGUGGUGGAAAGAUGCUGGACAAAUUGAGAUAUGUUUUCUCCCAGAUGUCAGAUUCCAAUGGCUUAAUGAUAUUUAGCAAGUUUGACCAGUUUCUGAAGGAAGUUCUGAAGCUCCCAACAGCUGUCUUUGAAGGGCCAUCUUUUGGUUACACAGAGCACUCAGUCCGCACCUGUUUUCCACAGCAGAGAAAGAUAAUGCUAAAUAUGUUUUUAGACACGAUGAUGGCUGACCCUCCUCCCCAGUGCCUUGUCUGGCUACCUCUCAUGCACAGGCUUGCCCAUGUUGAGAAUGUCUUCCAUCCCGUGGAGUGCUCCUACUGCCGAUGUGAGAGUAUGAUGGGUUUCCGGUACCGAUGCCAGCAGUGCCACAACUAUCAGCUCUGCCAGAAUUGCUUUUGGCGUGGCCAUGCCGGUGGCCCUCACAGCAACCAGCACCAGAUGAAGGAGCAUUCCUCUUGGAAAUCUCCUGCAAAGAAGCUGAGCCAUGCAAUUAGUAAAUCUUUGGGGUGUGUACCCACGAGAGAACCCCCGCAUCCUGUUUUUCCUGAGCAACCAGAGAAACCACUUGACCUUGCACAUAUAGUUCCUCCUCGCCCUCUGACUAAUAUGAAUGACACCGUGGUUAGCCACAUGUCCUCUGGAGUGCCCACUCCCACCAAGAGUGUUCUGGACAGUCCUAGCCGACUGGAUGAGGAACACCGUCUUAUAGCUCGCUAUGCUGCCCGGCUGGCUGCAGAAGCAGGAAACGUGACUCGUCCUCCCACUGACUUGAGCUUUAACUUUGAUGCCAACAAACAACAAAGACAGCUUAUUGCAGAACUGGAAAACAAAAACAGAGAGAUCCUGCAGGAGAUUCAGCGUCUCCGCCUGGAACACGAGCAGGCCUCCCAGCCCACCCCUGAGAAGGCACAGCAGAACCCCACGCUGCUGGCAGAGCUGCGGCUGCUGAGGCAAAGGAAGGAUGAACUGGAGCAGAGGAUGUCGGCCCUGCAGGAGAGCAGGCGGGAGCUGAUGGUCCAGCUAGAAGAGCUGAUGAAGUUGCUAAAGGAGGAAGAGCAAAAGCAGGCAAUCUAAGGGUUAUAAUGAGGGGCAAACUGCCUGGCUAUUUCAGAUAAGACUUCACCGAGUGGCUGUUCAGCCCAUGAUUUACCCUGCAGUUUAACAGGCUCAGGAAUUAGGUUGCAUCAGUUGAGUGCAGGUCAGUUAAGCCUAUGAUCAUCAUCAGACAGUGAUUAAAGGACCAUGUCUGCCUUUUUCACUAUUAUAUCCCCUGCCUCUAGCCCAGCCUGCCAUACAGUAGAUACUCAAUAAAUAUUUGCUGAAUGAUAACCAAUAUUAAUCAAUUUUAUAAGAUUUUGACUGAUAGUCUGUAUGAAUUAAUAAUUGUAUUAUAAGGGGCAUAACUAGUUCACAUACCUAUAGCAGUGAUUUUGCUCAAGGCACUCCCAGAUAGAUCCAUUCAGGAGACUAAAUUAUAGCUCAGAAAUAUCCUUUAUCAAAAGGAAUCUGGGCCGGGCAUGGUGGCUCACGCCUGUAAUCCCAGCACUUUGGGAGGCCAAGGCAGAUGAAUCACGAGGUCAGGAGAUCGAGACCAUCUGACUAACACAGUGAAACCCCAUCUCUACUAAAAAUAGAAAAAAUUAGCCGGGCAUGGUGGUGCUCCUGUAGUCCCAGCUACUCGGGAGGCUGAGGCAGGAGAAUGGCGUGAACCCAGGAGGUGGAGCUUACAGUGAGCCAAGAUCCCACCACUGCACUCUGCACUCCAGCCGACAGAGUGAGACUCCGUCUCAAAAAAAAAACAAAACAAACAAAAAAAAAAACUACCAUCGGAGUGAACAGGCAACCUACAGAAUGGGAGAAAAUUUUUGCAAUCUACUCAUCUGACAAAGGGCUAAUACCCAGAAUCUACAAAGAACUCAAACAAAUUUACAAGAAAAGAAAAUAACCACAUCAAAAAGUGGGCGAAGGAUCUGAACAGACACUUCUCUGAAGAAGACAUUUAUGCAGCCAACAGACACAUGAAAAAAUGCUCAUCAUCACUGGUCACCAGAGAAAUGCAAAUCAAAACCACAAUGAGAUACCAUCUCACACCAGUUAGAAUGGUGAUCAUUAAAAAGUCAGGAAGCAACAGGUGCUGGAGAGGAUGUGGAGAAAUGGGAACACUUUUACACUGUUGGUGGGACUGUAAACUAGUUCAACCAUCGUGGAAGACAGUGUGGCGAUUCCUCAAGGAUCUAUAACUGGAAAUACCAUUUGACCCAGCCAUCCCAUUGCUGGGUAUAUACCCAAAGGACUAUAAAUCAUGCUGCUAUAAAGACACAUGCACAUGUAUGUGUAUUGCAGCACUAUUCACAAUAGCAAAGACUUAGAACCAACCCAAAUGCCCAUCAGUGAUAGACUGGAUUAAGAAAAUAUAGCACAUAUACACCAUGGAAUACUAUGCAGCCAUAAAAAAGGAUGAGUUCGUGUCCUUUGUAGGGACAUGGAUGAAGCUGGAAACCAUCAUUCUCAGCAAACUCUCACAAGGACAAAAAACCAAACACCGCAUGUUCUCACUCAUAGGUGGGAAUUGAACAAUGAGAACACUUGGACACAGGAAGGGGAACAUCACACACUGGGGCCUGUCGUG